AUGGAGCUGCUACGUGUCGUUCCCACGCCUUCCCCCACUGGUUCUGCUUACCUUCCCCCACCCGCUUUCUCAUCCACUCAUAUUCGGAUUUCACCAAGCUACAGACGGGACGACGCAGAUGACCAUCGACCGGGCUCCGAUUUAGGUUCUCACGAAGGGAGUGGGACCGGAUACGUUCCGUUGAGCUCUUCAAAACCUCGAAUUUCUUUGAUGCUUCCACAGUCGAUGGCCAUCGACCAGGCUGCGAUUUAG